AUGGAAGUAGCUUUGCACAUGAAUGGCUGCACAGAAGAGUUCAUGCAAGCUCUUGAAUCGUUCAUGAAGGUAACUUCAUCUUCUUCAUCAAAACAAGAACCAUUAACUCCCAAUAACCAAACCGGUCCAAUUGGGCUAAACCAGCUCACUCCCACUCAAAUCCUCCAAAUUCAAAGAGAGUUACAUCUCAGACAAAACCAAGGUAGUGCCCAUAACAUCCAUCUUCUCAACGCUAAACCAACCCUAAUGAAGACAAGACCGGUUAAACUAUACCGUGGUGUAAGACAGCGACACUGGGGUAAAUGGGUUGCUGAGAUACGGUUGCCUAAAACCAGAACCCGGUUAUGGCUCGGUACGUUCGAAACCGCGGAAGAAGCUGCAUUAGCUUACGAUCAAGCUGCUCGUAAGAUAAGAGGAGAAAACGCUCGUCUCAAUUUCCGGAACAUUGGAGAAUACAAGCAGACGUUGUCUCCUACUGUCAAUGCUAAGAUCGAAUCCAUAUUCAAUAACUCUGAUCUUCCCCUGCAUGAGCUCAAGAAACCGGCCAAAACAGAGGAAGGGUUCUUUGGUUUUCAUCAUACCGGUCCUAAACCGGAUCAAGAACGUGAAGUUCCCGAUAAAUUUGGAUACGGGUCUAGUUCCUCUCCUGAAUCUGAUAUAACGUUGUUGGAUUUCUCAAGCGAAUGGAUAAAGGAAGAUGAGAGCUUUUGCAUGGGUUUGCAGAAGUACCCUUCUUUAGAGAUUGAUUGGGACGCUAUAGAUAAACUCUCAGAAUCCAUUUAA